AGUAGACGAGCGGCUGGAAGAAAGUUGGCCUAAUCGCCGAUGCUAUGCUUUGUAAUGCAGCUUCGUUUCGAGAUCAAAAUAAAGUUGGCCGCGGCCCCGCAGUCAACCCCCUUCCCCGCAAAAACUCCAAACUGACGGGCUCGGCGGAGUUCGACAACAACCGUCUCCAACUGACCGUUUUGAUAUCAGGAUAUCACGAUAUGCUGUGUAGAUAUACCACCAAAUGCUACGAAAAUGUCCCCGUGGGCUCCUACGAUGCUACCUAGCACCAACAAGAAGUACGACCGCUCACCUCAUGCACUUCAUCAAUCCCGUCAGGUCCCUUUUGCGCCGGGUUAUCUCCGCGUCGGCAAUGACGGCAAGCUCCAAGCUGCUGUUGCUCGACAUGGAUGUUCAAGUGCUUUUGUUGGUGGGCCAGUGAUUGUGCAACUAAUUCCUGCAUGGAAAGGCGCAAAUCGACUUCAACGCCCCCCUGUCAGUCAAGCUUAAUCAAAACGGACCACAUGCCCACGCUCUUCAUCCCUCUAUUUCUUGGCUCCCAUCUUCAACUGAGCCACAGGAGUCCAGCAUGAGACUUUGCAUGUUCCAUCUUCCCUCACCCCCAUUUAGACAAAAUGGAUGAAAAGGCCGCCCGCCAAAGCCGAGAGCAAUCGACAUCAGCGCCAGCCACGCUCGCCGCCGAACCGCCAUCCUCGGGUUCUAGUGCUUCCUCGGUGGCUCACAAGAGGGAAGCAACUUCUUCUCCAGUUGGAUUACCUCCUCAAAAGUCAUUCGACUCUGGAGAUGAUGUCCAAAGCCGUGCCAUCCAUCCCGAUAUCGACCAUGAAGAGGCAGAAGCAGCGGAUCCUGGCCAUGAGCUUGAUGUCGAACUUGGCAGAGCGCACGGCAUAGAAGACAUCAGGCGCAUCGAAACUCGUGGCAGUGUCAAAAGCAAGGUUUCCCGAGUUUUGAGCGUCGUCAGCCGCCGCAAGGCCAAGGAGCGUGAACGAAUCCCCUUCGCCCCCGUACCCGUCACCAAUCUUGACCAAGGCAUUGUCGGCUGGGAAGGUCAGGAUGACCCAUUGAUGCCGCUCAACUUUCCUAACCGCAAGAAAUACCUUAUCCUCUGCCUGCUCUCAGCCAUCACCCUGUUGACACCCUUCGCAUCGUCAAUUUUGGCCCCGGGUAUCACCUAUUUGAACCGAGAUUUUGAAAAUGACAACGAGAUUGUGGGCGCCAUGACAGUUAGCGUGUAUCUGCUCGGCUAUACUGUCGGUCCAUUGUUCCUGGCGCCAUUGAGUGAAAUAUAUGGGCGGAGGGUUGUUUUGAGUGCCGCAAACUGGUUCUUUUGCGCCUGGCAGAUUGGUUGCGCCUUGGCGCCGACGAUUGAGUCACUAAUAGUGUUUCGAUUCCUCGCUGGCGUGGGUGGUGCUGGAUGCUUGACACUCGGGGCAGGCAUCAUUGCCGACAUGUUCAGGACAGAUGAAAGAGGAUUCGCAAUAGGAAUUGUAACCUUGGGGCCUUUGAUCGGCCCAACUGUUGGCCCCGUCAUUGGUGGCUUCGUAUCUCAAACUAUCGGGUGGCGCUGGGAUUUCUGGAUCGUGCUGAUCAUAUCCGUCGUGGUAUGCGGGCUUACAGAGCUCUUCAACCAGGAAACGAACCCUCGCGUUUUGAUUGAGCGGAAGGUGAAGCGGCUCGCCUCGGAGUCAGGCCGGAAAGAUCUGAGGAGCUGUUUUGAGACCGGAGAGCAGAUGAGCCAGAAGCGUAUUCUUCUCAAUGGUCUUGUGCGGCCAACCAAGAUGCUCUUCCUGUCACCGCUCGUCUUUUUCGUCUCCAUUUACAUCGCCUUCACCUAUGGUACGCUGUAUCUGCUCUUCACCACUAUUCCCCUCGUGUUCCAGGAGACUUAUGGCUGGAGCAUCGGCAUAACGGGCCUCAUUUACAUUUGUCUGGGCAUUGGAAACAUGUGCGGGUGGGCGGUGGUCACGGCCACCUCAGACAAGGGUGUUGUUCGGCGUACCAAGCAGAACAACGGGGUGUUCGAACCAGAGAUGCGUCUUUCGUUGAGUAUAUGGGCCAGCACGUUGCUGCCCAUAACCUUCUUCUGGUACGGCUGGACGACACACUAUCACACGCACUGGAUCGUGCCAGUUAUUGCCCUGUUCCCUUUUUCUUUUGGAAUCAUUGGAAUCUUCAUCCCUCUGACGACAUACCUCAUCGACUGUUAUCCAAUAUACGCUGCAUCAGCUAUAGCAGCCAACACAGUCGCCCGCAGCUUGGCGGGGAUGUUGCUUCCACUUGCCGGGCCAUCCAUGUACGAGAAUCUUGGAUUGGGUUGGGGCAAUUCAUUACUUGGGUUCAUCUGCAUUCUCAUGAUUCCCGUACCGCUAUUGCUCGGCAGGUAUGGGGCAAGGUUGAGAAAGAUGGGCCUCCAGUUGUAG